GUGGCCGCACGCGAAAGCAGACCCGGGAGAUGCAAGGUGCCGGGGAGAUGCCGGAGCCCGGACAAACACCGGACCCGGAAGAGGCACUGCUGGCGACCAUCCUGGAAACUAGCGGGACGGGGAUUGUUGAGGACUACAUCUGCAACUCGCUUGUGAAGGAGCAGUGGGACGAGGAGCAGACACGCCGUAUGGAGGAGAUGUACAGGCGCGAGAUGCAGGAGGUGUUGGGCCCGAAACAGCAGGCGUUCGGGGCCGAGGUCGACGCCAGUGGGUCUUCGCAACCACUCCCAGACCCACAGCGAAGUAUGACCUCGCCAAUCGGGCAGAAGCCGAGUGAUGUGGAAGCAGUACCGAUGACGUACAAGGAUGUGAUGUGUUCCAAGUACAAGGUUUUCUGGCAGGCGGCUAUGAAGAAAGAGAUAGAUGGGCACGGCAAGACUGGAACCUUAGCCAAGGUCAAGGAGCUGCCCGAGGAGCGGAAGGCCAUAGGUUCAAAGUGGUUGUUCUCUUGGAAGAAGAAUGAGAAGGGCCUGAUAGUCGACUUCAAGGCCCGUAUGGUUGCGCGGGGUUUCUCUCGAAUUCCCGGCAUCCACUUCCACCACUCAUCCUCAGCGUGCCCGUCUGCAGCGUCUAUCAAGACGGUGAUUGCCGUAGCCACUGAAAAGGGCAAGAAACUCGCUCACUGGGAUGUGAAGCAAGCGUACAUCCACGCUAAGCUAAAAGAAGAAAUAUACCUCAGGUUCCCGGAAGGCUGUGGUAGCAUGUCCGGCAAGGUGGUCAAGGUUGAGCGUGCCCUGUAUGGCCUCAAGCAGAGGGGCCGUGAGUGGGGGGUUGACGCUGCCGAUGCCGUCAUCGAGAAUGGAUACGAGCAGUGCAGGGUUGACCCGUGGGUCUUCCGGAAGGUGGUUGAUAGAUAGGUCGUAGGUCUCAUCGUGAUCUACGUCGACGAC